UUCGAAAAAAGCAAAUCAAAUUUGAACAUGGAUUCCAAAAUACAGCUGAAUAUCAACGGGAAAUGUGGUUGCAGUAUAAGCAUAUUUCUUAGUGAUAUUAUUGAAGUAAGCCUUAUUACAGGGAUAGAAAGUAUGGCAACAGAUUUAUUGUCUUUUUUGACCAACAAGAGACUAUUUGGAAACUAUAUACCGAAUUACAUUUUUGUGUUUGGAGAUCCGUUCAAACUGGCGCAAAGUUCAAAGAUCCACAUCGCAUACACCAUGCUUAUGCAAAAAGCGAUUGAUGACGGCGUAUAUAUUAAAGAAAAAGAUACAAAAAUAUUUGUGCUACGAGAAUCUAUUUUCCAGUUACUGUGGACGUUUUUAUCUGGAAAAAAGCCUUACAUGUUUGAUAGGUUUGUCACUGGAACUUUGUGCCAAGUAUCAAGCAAUACAUACGGGAUGCGGAUCUCAUCAUAUUAUUCAGAAGGUGUCAUCCUUUUCACCCGAAUAAACAGUGAUGGUGAUGUCAAAACUACAAUUGCAGAUGAUGAAACUUCAUCCAGUACUGUUCCGGACAAGUAUACUCUAUUGUGUGGCGACACUGCUGGUGCUACUUAUGAAAUACGCUCCCGUGAUUUGUCGCGUUAUAAUAUCAGAACAUUAGCGGUAGAAUAUGAGCAGAUUAGCAAUAAUUUAUCUAUCAAAUUAUCAAAAGGAUGUACGGGCAAAAUUGAUGACUAUAUUGAAGAACCUUAUUACAAAACCCUAAAUAUCAUGGAGACAUUGACACUCGCUUAUAUUUAA